AUGGUUGCGUCGACUAACGCGCCUUUAACGCUCGAUAUCAUUAUUAUUGGUUGCGGAUUAGGCGGUUUAGCUGCUGCGCACGCGCUCGGACAAGCCGGACACCGAGUCACAAUUGUCGAAUCUGCACCUGCUAUAGGUGAAGUUGGUGCCGGCAUUCAGGUAACGCCGAAUGUCAGUAGGCUGCUUAUACGGUGGGGAGUGGGCGGCCAAUUAAAGAAGGUAGCUGUGAAACCACAAGCUAUUGCAUUUCGAAGAUAUAACACUGGUGAACUAGUCGGAUGGACGAAAUGGGGUGAAGUAAUGGAUAAUGACCACGGCUCGCCUUACUAUCAUAUUCAUCGCGCGGAUUUCCAUCGACUACUUUAUGACCUUGCUGAACCAUUCGCCACAAUUCGGCUAAACAGCACGGUCGCCGCGGUUAAUCCCUCCGCACCACGCCCUUCCGUAACUCUCACGACCGGAGAAACGAUUUCCGCAGACCUUAUUGUCGGUGCUGACGGCGUGAAGAGCAUGGUGCGCGAAAUCGUACUCGGGGAGCCGACCGCGGCGACUGCAACGGGCGAUGCGGCGUAUCGCGCGAUCAUACCUACAGAGAAGAUGCUCGCAGAUCCGGAAUUGAGACCGUUUGUGGAGAAUCCGGAAAUGACGGCGUGGAUGGGCCCUGGAAGACAUAUCAUGGCUUAUUGCAUUCGCGCCAAACGCGAGUAUAAUCUCGUAUUGAUCCAUCCCGACGACGGCUCCGUUGAGUCGUGGACUGCAGAAGGCAGCGCCGAAAAGAUGCGUGCGGACUUUGCGGGGUGGGAACCAAGGGUUGAGAAAUUAUUAUCAAUGGUACCUUCCACGUUGAAGUGGAAGUUAAUGGAUCGUCAACCGAUCCCGACAUGGAUCCAUCGUGAAGGUCGUGUAGUCCUUCUAGGCGACUCGUGCCAUCCCAUGCUCCCAUACCGUGCUCAAGGAGCAGCAAUGGCAAUAGAAGACGCCGUCGUACUAGGUAACAUCCUCUCCCGUCUUACCCACCAAUCCGAACUUCUACCCAUGUUACGCGGUUACGAAGUCCUCCGGCACACACGAACAGCCUUAACACAAGCUUCCUCUCGACUUAACCAACAUAUCUUCCACCUUCCCGACGGAUCCGCACAAGAAGAACGAGAUGCGAGUAUGCGAGCCGCUAUGGCAGCCGAGUGCUCUAAGUGGGGGAUCACAUCGCGUGAGGGAUAUAAUGAUAAAAUGAUGCAGUCUCCGAUGGGAGAAUUCAAUGGAGAAGGGAAUAGUAACCAGUGGGCUGACCCGCGGAAGAACUCAGAACAGUUUGGGUACGAUGCGGAUGCUGAGGCUGAACGUUGGUGGGACAAUGCCUACCCAGUCUCGGCGUUUCAUUCCGUUUUUGCCAAGUAA